AUGGUUGGAACUUGGAAGAACAAAUUAGGGCUUGAAGAUAGCGUGUACGUGGAGCAAUCGGCCAUGGAUGAACAAGAAAACAUCAAGAGAAGCGAACAAUCUUCAUCGAAAAAACUCUCACCUUCUACACAGCUCGAGAUUUGGAGCCCAACCAUGGAACGCUUCUUAACUUUACGUGUACCUAAAGGCAAAUAUAAAAGAGGGUUUUUGGGAUAUGACCCGAUCCAUCGUAAAUACAAAGCACUGUGCAUUCUCGAAGGAAAAAAGGUUGGCAUCCUUACAUUGGGAGGAGCUCAAGAAUCAUGGAGAAUCAAACCCGACGGUCUCCCUCAGCAUAGACCUAACGCAACUUGUGGCCGAUGCAUCAAUGGAGUGGUGUACUAUAAAGCUUUUCUUGAAUCGCAUCUGAAGCAUGCCAUAGUGAGCUUUGAUGUCAGAUCUGAAAGUUGGAAGAACAAAUUAGGGUUUGAAGAUAGCGUGUUGUACUUGUACGUGGAACAAUCGGCCAUGGAUAAACAAGAAGAUAUCAAGAGAAGCAAACAGUCAUUAUCGACAACAUUCUCACCUUCUACACAGCUCGAGAUUUGGAGCCCAGCCAUGGAAUGUUUCUUAGCUAUACGUGUGCCUCAAGGCAAAUACGUAAGAGGGUUCUUGGGAUAUGACCCGAUCCAUGGUAAAUUUAAAGCACUAUGCAUUCUUGCAGGCGAAAAGAUUGGCAUUCUUACAUUGGGAGAAGCUCCAGAAUCGUGGAGAAUAAUAUCCAGUGGUUUCCCUAAGCACAUGCCUGCCACAGCUUGUGGCCGAUGCAUUAAUGGAGAUGCAGAGAAUCACAAAUGGUCAUAUACUCACAUUCGUCCUGUCAAAUAUUUUCAAAAUUCAAAUUUUAGUUUUGAGGGUAUUACCGAUGCUGGUGAUUUUAUUUAUAUUCGUAGACCAUUGAGUUCUAAUGAAUGGGCAUAUGUUGUCUAUUAUGAUGCAAAGGAAGACAGUAUAAAAGCAAUCAAGUCUAGAGGCAAUACCAAUGUUGUCUACUACUGCAUUGUCUAUGCUAGCUAG